CAUUUCUAGCAGAGCUUCACUCCUCCUCAAACGAGGGCUCCCUCUUCAUAUAUCCGACUUCCAAUCCUCCAACGACUCAUCGAAGCAUCUGAAGCAAGGCGCUAUCUGAGCUCCCACCAUGGCUUUCUCUUCUCGUCUCUUGUCCAAAUCCAAGCAGGUCCUUGGCAGUCAAAGUAUUUUACACCAGGGGCAUGCUAUUCCUGUUCGUCACUUUGCCAAAGAGGCUGCCCGACCGGCUCUGAAGGGAGAUGAUAUGCUGAAGAAUAUAUUUUUGGAAGUGAAAAAGAAGUUUGAGACAGCAAUUGAUGUUUUCCGGAAAGAGAAGAUCACAAUUGAUCCAGAUGAUCCAGCUGCAGUAGCUCAAUACGCAAAGGUCAUGAAAAUGGCAAGAGAGAAGGCAGAUUUAUUCUCAGAAGCUCAGCGAAUCAAAUACACCAUUCAGACAAGAACCCAAGAUAUCCCUGAUGCUAGAACAUACUUACUGACACUGAAGGAUAUCCGGAUCAAGAGACAUCUCAGUGAUGAGCUUGGUGCAGAAGCUAUGAUGUUUGAUGCUCUUGAAAAGGUUGAGAAAGAAUUGAAGAAACCUCUCUUGAGAAAUGAUAAGAAAGGAAUGUCUAUUCUUAUGGCUGAGUUCGACAAAAUCAAUCAAAAGCUUGGAAUUAAGAGGGAAGAUCUACCCAAGUACGAGGAGCAGUUGGAACUUAAAAUGUCCAAGGCACAAUUGGAAGAGCUGAAGAAAGACGCACUUGAGGCAAUGGAAACUCAAAAGAAGCGUGAGGAGUUUAAAGACGAGGCAAUGAUCGAUACAAAGUCGUUAGACGUGAGAAACUUCCUGUAGAUUUACAAAUCUUUUUCCCAUUUGUUUUCUGGUUGAGAAAAAUCUGCCAACAGAGCUGAUUCGGCUGUUUUUGAACACCGGAAUACAUCUCUUUAGCUUUAAUAAGAAAAGGCACCUCUGAUACUGGUACCACACCAUUUGGCUGAUGCGUGUUCCCCAGCUUUUUUUUCCCUUUUUGUGAUUUAUUCUAUACUAUGCCAGGUGAUAACUGGAUGGAUAUUGUCAAGAAAUUUGCAUUUAAUCAUUUG